AUCUCCGACGCUCCCUCUUUUGUCUGAACCAAACGCCUUAUUAGUUCACAAGAGAAGAACAAUCUCGUGAACCGAUGGUAAAAACUAGACAGCAAAAAUCCAAACCCAAGAAACAACAUCCCCAAGUAAGUUUCAGUAAAUUCUUUUCUUUAUGAUCUUUGAUCUUUUUCCUUCUUUGGCUUUUCUCAAUUCAGUUUAUAGUCUAGAUUUGUUUGUGUGUGAUUAACUGAAGCAUGACAAAUUUAUCAAGAAGAAAGAAAAAGAAAUUGCUGUCGAUAUCAAUGUCCAAUGAUAAAAAAGGUAAGGAUAAAACAAAGUUUACGUUGAAUAAACAUGCGAAUUUUCUUUUUAUAGAAAUCAUUCUUUGAAUAGGUUUGCAUAUGCAGUUAGAGAAUGCCGCUGGUAGAAUGACAGUUCAAUUUAAUGCUUUUAGUAGUUGGUUGUUUCUUCAUUCCGUUUGGUGGACCAGGUAAAAACGCAGGGAAAGCAGACAGAUAUUUCUCGGUUGCGUGCCCAGCUUGAUGCACUGGGCCUACAAAUCAUCCAAGUGACUGCAGAUGGUAAUUGUUUCUUCAGUUAGCAGGGCUCUUGCUGAUCAGUUAGAAGGUGAUGAGGAGCAACAUGGAAAAUAUCGCAGCAUGGUGGUACAAUAUAUAGCGAAGAACCGUGAAAUGUUUGAACCUUUUAUCGAGGAUGAUGUCCCAUUUGAUGAAUACUGUCAGUCCAUGGAAAAGGACGGCACAUGGGCUGGACAUAUGGAAGUACAGGCAGCUUCUCUUGUUACUCGCAGAAAUAUAUGCAUACAUCGAAACAUGUCGCCUCGCUGGUACAUAAAGAAUUUUGACGAACGUGGAGCUCACAUGGUCCAUUUAUCUUAUCAUGACGAGGAACACUACAACAGUGUAAGAUUAAAAGAAGACCCCAAUAAUGGGCCAGCAAUGCCAAUUAUAAUUAAGGCUGAUGCUGAUAUCUCAGCGUCAACUAAUCAAGCAAAAGCUGCAGUUAGCAAGCCAAAGGGGGCAGCUGGUAAGGACAGUAUCAAUACAGGAUCAAUCAAAAUGGUAAUGGCUGGAAGUGGUUGUGAAAGUGCUGAAAAAGUUGAACAGGUUUUGCUACAAGUAGAUGGUGAUGUUGAUGCUGCUAUAGAGUUUCUGGUAGCAGAACAAGGAACGGAAGACUACGCAGCUGAAAGUGAUUCACUUACUCAUCAUGUAGAUGGUUCUUAUGGAAAUGAUGAUGUAAACAGUGAAAAACACAAGGAAGAAGCUUUAAAGAAGACCUUUGAACAGGAUGCAUCUAGUGAUAGCAUUAAAACUCUUGAUGAUAGCAGUUCUCGAAAAGAUGACAAGAAGAUUCCACGAAACAAGAUCUGCCCUUGUGGAUCAAAGAAAAAAUACAAGGCUUGUUGUGGAUCAGUCUCGGGGAGGUCAUCGACCAAGUUUAUAGUUAACCAAACAACGGAUGCCAGAAAGGGUAAAAAGGUACAGAAACAAGGCAAGAAGGGAGCAUCUGCUAAAUCUGCAGCAUCCUCUGGAUCUGAGGGAGGGCCACCAGACAUGGGUGCACUUUGCAUAUGACCUUAAUAUCAUGUCUCUAUGUGCGAUAUAUUGGGUCUUGUCCCCAAGUGGCGCCAAUCUGUUUCCUACUUUCAAGCAAGGGCUUAUGCUGUGAACCUCUGAAAAAUGAAUUUGAGUACUCAUGGCCUCGUUUUGAUGCUCAUGCAUUUAAUUCUUAUGAUUCCUCAGCACAUCCAAAUAUUAGCAGGCCAAACAGGUUCUGCUUUUCAACUCCAGUUUAUUUUGAGAUUCGCUGCAAACGGGGUCUCUAUUCUUUGACAAAAAGUGGGAUUAUACAACAGAGAAUGAUGAAGAAAAGAGAAGGAAUGGAAAUGGUACAGAUUUUUGUUUAACAUAUAUUGAGCUUUGACAAUUCUGAGAGUUAGUGACAGAUUCACGAUGGUGAUGAGCAACAUUUGCUUCUUUUAGGAGCAUAGAAGAUAUAAUUGUAAGGAUGUGAUUAUAGUAAACGGAUGUAUAACUAUCUUGUGCAUGCAUAUGGAACACGUACAUUCAAUGAUGUGAGUGUUUUAUUCCUACUGCAAGUCAUUUUUGAAUGGAUCUUUUUUCAACUAACUUGGCGAG